GGUCGCAGACUCCUCACAUGUUGCUGUUUGUACAUGUGUGCCACAGUAAAACUGUCUGAAAUGUUUGUUAUGUUCCACAUUUACAGCAGACAAAACUUCGUUUAAAGGCAUUCGCUGCACGAUUUAAAGUCAAGGAUAGAGUUAGUAGUUAUAGUACAGCGAACCACGCUGCUAAGGAUAUCAAAACAUGGGCGUUGAAGUUGAGGUUGUUGCUGGAAGUUAUGAGCAGAUUUCAUUUGGUUAUCAUGUGUGCAGAGAUGGAGAGGACUGGACAACCACGCCUGACUUCACUCAUCACGCACACACAGCUAGCCUGUCAGCUGUAGCAUCUAACAACAGGUAUAUUGCCACAGGCAGUAAAGACGAGACCAUUCAGCUUUAUGACAUGAAGAAGAAGAUUGAACAGGGGGCCUUACUGCACCAUGAUGGUACCAUCUCGUGUCUGGAGUUCUACGGCUCAUCCCACUUGCUCAGUGGAGGAGAGGAUGGACUGAUGUGCGUGUGGAGGACAAAGAAGUGGGAGUGUCUGAAAACCAUAAAAGCACACAAGGGCCGCUUGUCCUCGUUAUCGGUCCACCCAUCUGGAAAACUUGCUCUGUCAGUUGGUACAGACAAAACACUCAGAACAUGGAAUCUAACCGAUGGAAGAUCAGCAUUUAUCAAAAACCUCAAGCAGAAUGCUGAUAUAGUUAGGUGGUCUCUUGAGGGAGAUAAAUAUGUGGUGGUGACCAGCGAUAAGAUAGAUGUUUACAACCUUGACACUGCCACAGUGACUGCAACCAUCACCAAUCCCACAAGAAUAUCAUCUGUCAAGUUUGUACAGAACACUUGUCUGGCUGUGGCUGGUGAUGAUGAGACAGUCCGCCUCUUUGACCUCACAACAGAGAAGUGUACAUGUGAGUUCAAGGCCCACGAAAAUAGGGUAAAAGCUGUGGAUUGUUUUAUGCUGGAUGACUUCUGUGUUAUUGUGACGGCGUCAAAUGAUGGAUUCAUCAAAUUGUGGAAACUGCAUCUUGACAAGCUUCCCGAGCCUCCCAAGCUUUUGUUGGAGGUGAACACGACAGCAAGGCUCACCUGUCUGACUGUGUUCAAGCCGACUGCGGAGAGUGAGGCCACAGAGAAACAAAGUCCUCAGCCGACCUCUUCUACAGCCACAGAUGACCUGCCUUUACCCUCCAAGAAUAAGAGAGUCAGGAUUGCUACAGAGGAGGUUGUUCUUGAAGAAGAGCGUAGCACCAAAAAGGUCAAGAAGGGUGGUAACAAGAAAAAGACCCAAUAAAAUCCUGUAUUACACCAGGUCA